ACGCUUUGUCUUCAACUUGUCAAUAUUCGACAUUUUUUCUUAUUGUAAGCAUAAAACUAGACAGCUAAGAGCUGUCCGCAGUCACUUGUUGAUCAAAUAAUUUCGUUGGCCUUAAAAACCUGACAAACUGCUUAUUACGUGGAAGAACUUCUUGAUACCAUUCCUUGAAGAUCGUUUGAGAGUGACGCCAUGGAAAACAGUGCUUUGCCGUCUAAUUCAUCGUCAGCAGACUGUAGAUUCUAUUUUUACACGCAGCUUUCUACUGGCAUCUGCUUGGCGGUUCUAUCGCCCAUAACAAUUACUAGUAAUGCGUUGUUACUGUUCACCAUCUUCAAAGAUCCUCUCAAAUGCUUCCGUGCACCGGCUACGUAUUUCAUUGUUGCUUUAGCCUUGGUCGAUUUAACAACAGGCCUGAUUGUUGCGCCUUUUUUAACAGUGCCUCGAGUGGUAAGGUAUGUAACCUGGUCCUUCACUCCAGGCGAGCCGUACAACAGACUAGAACAAAUUGGAGUUAGCUUGUCUUUCGUGGGUCUUAACUCUUCCUUUCUGUUUGUUCUUGGUCUCAUUUUGGCUCAGUUUAUCGCCAUAGCAUACCCGCACCAUUAUCGCUCUGUUGUGACGACACGUAGAGUCCUCGCUUGUGUUGGCUUCUCGCUGAUGUACUUUACUGGAUUCAAUGUCUUUAACUUCGUUGGAGUUUCCCAAAUAAUUAUUAAGCGGGUAGAUCUCCACCUUCACUCGACACUGAUAACGGUCUUCCUUGUCGUCGGUUUCGCCAUGCUUUUGAGGGCGUAUCGCCAUUAUCAUAAUGUCAUUGCAUCUCGCCGACUUGGAGUUGGGAGCAGCAUCAGUGGACGCGUCGGCGAGUCUCGAGUGAACGAGACGAACAAGAGAAAGUUUACUAUAGUAACUCUGUUUUUAUCAGGAAUUCUCAUAUUGUGCUCUCUUCCAAAUUUCGUCACAGUUCAUGUCUGGAUUUACACAAAGCGAGAUGAUCAGCAAGAUUGCUCAGCCUUGUUUUCUGCUGUCUUUCUCACGGAGCUGAUGAUGUACGUGAAGGUGGCAUUGGAUGCCUACAUCUACGCCUGGAGACUACCGAGAUACCGGAGAUCGUUAAAACUAGUGAUCACUUGCCACUCAAAUCAAGUUACAUCUGAAGCCACUGAACUAAAGACGAGAGAAAAUAUUACAGGGCAACGGAGUCUUGAAAUCGUCGAAUGAUGAUAAUCAGUUGUCCUUGUCUAACUUGGUGGCGGGUAACGCGGGUACUUUGUUGGAUCAAUAAAACCUCUUUUGCAACAUUCGUACCAAAAGCAUAACUAAUCAUUGGGGAAAAGGCUGUGGUCCUUUUUUGAUAAUUCUGUAAUAUAAAAUGGGGUCUAUUGAAUUCUUUUUGAGUCAUAUCAAAGGGCGUUUUUACCAUUAUUUAUUAUAUGGCUUUGGUUUGUGGCCGAUAUAACGCGC